GAAACAACCAUAAUCAUCAUAAUGAGCAGCAUGUUAACGAGGGGCAUGGAAGUGAAAGCCAGGGCUCCAGGCAAGAUCAUACUCUCCGGCGAGCACGCCGUCGUCUAUGGAUCCGCCGCCGUCGCUGCUGCCAUCGACCUCUACACUUACGUCUCUCUUACUUUCCCUCCACCUUCCCAUAGCUCUGAAACACUAUCACUCCAGCUCAGAGAUGUAGGCCUGGAAUUUUCAUGGCCGACUAAAAGAAUCAGAGAAACAUUAUCUCAAACAAUCGAUAGCCCUGCAUCCUCACCAACAUCAUGUUCUUCAGAGACCAUGAAACUCAUCGCCACACUAGUGGAAGAGCAUUCAAUUCCAGAGUCAAAAAUCGAAAUAGCUGCUGGAGUUGUUGCUUUUCUCUGGUUAUACACCUCUAUCCAAGGGGAUAAACCAGCAAGGGUAGUUGUGAGUUCUGAGCUUCCUCUUGCUUCAGGAUUAGGAUCAUCUGCAGCAUACUGUGUUUCACUAUCUGGCGCCUUACUUGCUUCAUCAGAUUCUGUAAAUCUUGACUUCAGCAGUGAGGAUUGGCUAUCACUUGGUGAAAAAGAACAGAAAUUGGCAAAUGAAUGGGCUUUUGAAGGUGAAAAGAUUAUUCAUGGAAAGCCAUCUGGGAUAGACAAUACAGUUAGCACAAUGGGAAACUUGAUAAAGUUAGAAUCUGGUGCUUUAACCUCCAUCAAAUCCAAUAUGCCACUGAAAAUGCUAAUCACAGACACAAGAGUUGGUAGAAACACAAAGGCAUUAAUCACAAGUGUUGCAGGAAGAAGAGACAGACAUCCAGACACAAUGACAUCUGUUUUCACUGCUGUUGAUUACAUCAGCAAUGAGCUGGCGUCCACAAUCCAAUUAUCUUCUUCCAAUGAUCUUGCAGUUGUUGAAAAAGAAGAGAAAGUUGAAGAGUUGAUGGAAAUGAAUCAAGGUCUGCUUCAAUGUAUGGGUGUCAGCCAUGCUUCUAUUGAAACAGUAAUCAGCACAACCCAUAAAUACAAAUUGUCUUCCAAAUUGACAGGAGCUGGUGGAGGUGGAUGUGUUCUCACUUUAUUACCUGCACUGUUGUCUGCUUCUGUUGUUGAUGCAGUAACUGCUGAGCUACAGCAGUGUGGAUUCAGAUGUUUCAUUGCUGGAAUUGGUGGAAAAGGACUUGAGAUUCGGUUUGGAGGUCGUUUGUGAUAUUUUUCUUAACAGAUGCAAAAUAACAGUUGUUCAUGUGGAGAUAUAGAAAAGGAUGUAUGAGAGUACAAAAGGAUCAAU